AUGUCUCUUACCCAAAACUCAAAUCGUGCAAAGGAACCUGACAGAUUGGGUCAUGACUUUGAUUGUAAAGAGAGUUGUUGCAGAGAUAAACUGACAAGAAUCGAUCGUUGGGAAACCGUAUUAAAAUCCUAUGAAGAACUGACCAAGCCUAUCUCUAUGGCCAAUCUCAAUGUCGUGGCAGACGAUCCUUUAAGUCACGCUUUCAAGUUGACACACGAAAUAAAAAAUCUGAAGAAGACGAAUAUGGAAGUGAAGAGUGAAUUGAAAGCUUUUUCUAGGAAGUCAAAAAUGUUUACAGUCGACUUAUUAGACGCGUGUGAGAAUAGCAAAGAAGUUGAUGUUAUUUUUUGUUCUGGUAAGGAUGUUGAGCAGGAGAGGAUUGACACACUCAGAAAAGCUGUAGCUGCUAAGCAUAAAGAGGUAUAA